AUGAUAAAAGUAUCCUCUCGGAAUGGAAUGAGGGUGUUCUUGAUGAAACAGACCUCCAUUUUUAAAGGAGUCAAAAUGUUGGUAUCAUCAUCAUUAAGAACGAAGCCUCUUCUUCUUUUCAGAGAUCAACAUGGCCAUAAACAAGCAGCAGCUCUUUAUUCUUCAUCAUUGAUUCAAAGAAAAAGCCUUGAUCAUGAAUUAUCGGAACAUACGACUCAUCCUCCAUCAUCAUCAUCAAGUAAAACUUCAUUACUUCCGAAUAUUAAAAUACCAUCCAAUGUACAAGAAAAUAUGAAACAUAACGAAAUUGAAUAUUAUCAAUUGAUUCAAAAGAAUCAUUACAAAGAAUUUUCAAUGAUUUGGAAAACAUGUCUCCUUGCAGGCUCUCUCUUUGGAAUUCUUUUAUUUUAUUAUUAUUUAAAAUAUCCAUCCUCCAUGAUUGAAGGUGGAGAAUCUCUUCAUUAUUAUUUAAAUCAAGUACUGAAAGAAAAAGAUCAAGUCAAUCCAAAAGUAGUUCAAAAUAUCAUGAAUUGGUUGAAACUGAACAAUAGAGAUGGAAUACAAAUGAUGGUACAAUCAGGAGCUUUUGAUACAUUGCUAGAUAUUGUAAUUGAAAAGAUCAACAAGUAUAAGAAUAUGAAUCAGGAGAUGAAUGAAAUUGAAAAUACAUCAAAAAUGGUACAAGAGAUAUUGUCAAUCAUUUAUUUGGUUGUAAAAUGCGAUCAGCUUCACCAUCAAGAUGGUAUUAUUUCUGAACAAAGACAAAAGAUAGAGCAUGCAGUCACAAUGUUAUUCAGAGAUGGUUUUGCUACUCCAGCGAAUGUACUUGUUCGAAAAGAAGAUACUAUUGAAAGUAUUGUGAAAGAUGAAAAGCGCUGGUUACUCUCAACGGCACAUACGAAUACUCUCUCUUCAUUGUUAAAAAUUGUCUAUGAAUUAUCAUUACCGAUUCCUAAAAACGAUUUGGAAAAAACUCUACAGUUGUUAAAAGAUAGAUCAAAUUUCUUUCAACUUGUAAAAGAUCACUUUGAGCGAAGAGUGGGUGAUGCUCUUCAAAAAAAUCGAAAGAGGCAUUGA